AUACUCACCUGUCGGGAGCGACUUCUCUUCGUCGCUUCCCUCGCGUUGGACUCCGCCUAGCUCCGCCUGCAUUCGUGAAUGCAUCCCGAAGUGCCGGCUCGCACUGACACACCCCUUCCAUUCCCUCGCAUCUCCUCGCACCACCUCGCAUUCCUUUCGCACGACGCGAUCGGGUGAACGUCAUGGCAUCGUCACAGCCUCCCAUUGUCCUAAUCACAGGCAUCACAGGCUUUCUUGCAUCGCAUGUACUCGAUGCUGCGCUGGCAGAUCCGGCGGGGUACCGCGUACGAGGAACGCUACGCAGCAAAGCGGACAAGGCCGACGAGUUGCUGUCACGCUUGACUGAACAAGAUAGGAAGAGGGUCGAGCUGGUAGAGGUCAAGGAUACCGGAAGCAGCGACCUCACAGAAGCCAUGAGAGACGUCACCUUCGUGCUACAUACCGCUUCACCUUAUCAAUUGAACGUCAAGGAUGCCGAACAGGACCUCUUGAUCCCCGCUCGGGACGGGACGCUCAACGUCCUUCGCUACGCAGCGAAAGUGCCCUCCAUCAGAUUCUUUGGAAUCACUUCCUCCUUUGCUGCUGUCAGCGAUUUCAGCAAGGGCGGUCCAAACAGACCUGGCUUUACAUAUACGGAGACGGACUGGAAUCCCAAUGGCUGGAAGGAGGCAGUCGACUUUGGCGGAGAGGGCGCAUUCGCAUACAGCGCUAGCAAGAAGGUAGCCGAAGAAGCUGCGUGGGACUUCAAACGGAGCAACCCGGAAGUCUCCUUUGACAUCGCGACGUUCAACCCUCCCAUGAUCUAUGGCAAGACCCUGCAGCCGGGGGUAAAGAAGAGCAAUCUGAACACGAGCAGCGCAACUAUAUAUGCGCUGAUCUCGUCACUCGAUGCCAUGCCGGGAGACCGCCUUCCACUGUUCUGUCAUGCCCGUGACGUAGGUGAUGCCCACGUGCGUGCUUUAUCUCAUCUGCCUCAGUCCGCCGGGCACCGCUAUCUCCUCCACGGCGAUACAUUCACCUGGGCAAUGGCUGUACAUCACUUGGCAAGCGUUCGCCCCGCUCUCAAGUCGCGUCUACCAAAGGGAUGGGAACAGAGCGAUCCCUGGGCCAAGCAACCGACCGUGGAGCACUUUGCCCAAUUGGACACGACCAAGGCAAAGGAGCUACUGGGUAUGAGCCAUUUCAGGAAUUGGAAGACUACUUUGGAAGAGUGUAUUGACGACCUGCUGGAGCUGGAAAAGAGGGAGGGGUGGGCCUAGAAGGAUGGAGACGCUGCCGGACAGCGGUCCUUGGCAGUGGGAUUGUCUAUCUGGCAACGUCAGGUUGGGUCGGGGA